CACUCAAGUUUGGUCGUGUUUCUUACAUAAAUUCUAAGAAUUAUGUAUGUAUGUCACGUUUUUUAAAAUUUCCAGCUACAAAAAAUUUUAAUAUAUUAAACAGACCAAUUUUCUAUUAUAAAAUGUCUUCGGAGGUUGAAAAAGCCAAGAUAGCUGCAUCUCAACCUAAAAAUAAAAAUGAAGCCUCCCUUUUUACUAAAAUUAUUAAUCGUGAAAUACCCUCUGAUAUUAUACAUGAAGAUGACAAAUGCAUAGCUAUAAUGGAUAAAUUUCCUGCAGCACCUGUGCAUUUUCUAGUUAUUCCAAAAAAGGAAUUAUCUGGGAUAAAUGAUAUGACAGAAGAAGAUGAACCAUUAGUUGGACAUUUGAUAAAUGUUGGUAAAAACCUAGCAAAGAAUAAAAAUAUUUUCAAAGAUGGUUACAGAAUAGUUAUAAAUCAAGGUAAAAAUGGGUGUCAAUCUGUUAUGCACUUGCAUAUCCAUGUUAUAGGAGGUAAACAAUUGGGAUGGCCUCCUGGGUGAUACAAAAGAUUUUCAUCUUAUACAAAAAUAGAUUAUAAAUGUUUAUAACUAAAAAAGAGAAAUAUUAUAUAAAUUCAUUUAAUUAUGAGAUAUAAUAAAACACAAAUUUGCUAUAUUAAAAUAA